CCGAAAUACGGAACCGAAGUUUCAAACGGUUCGGUUGCGGUCCGGCCCCUACAUUACUCUGCAAGCCAUUUUCGAAGCCAGAGAUAGAGAGGGAAACACGCCCUAAAGCAUUUCGAUCCCCAUAGGCGCCAAAAGCCCACAACACACUUCAACUCUCUUUCAUCUUUCCCGAUUUCUUCCCUAACCCAACCGGCCCACGCUGCUAAUAUUCUCGGAAACGGCGACGAUUCGAAGGCAACGGCGUAGAAACUGCUCAUUAUUCCCUGUUCAACAACCAAAAACUAUGUCUGAUAGUGAAUCAAAGGAGCAGGAAAGAGAUUUUGUUUGGAAAUACAUAAAAGAAGUUGGUGGAGAAAAAUAUUGUAGAUGCAAAUUUUGUGAUCAAAAUUGUAGUCGAAUUGUCACAAGGUUUAAGCAUCAUUUGGAUGGUACAAGAAAAGGAAUGAAACCUUGCCGAAGGGUUCCCCAAAAUGAGAGAAAUGAGUGCAAGCAUGCAUUUGAAAAAUUCCAAAAAAGAGAAGUCUAAAAGAAAUAAACUCCUUGAAGAGAUUGGGAUGAGUCCAGAAGGGAGUGUGCAUCUUCUCCAUCAGUGGAAGAUUUGGAGCAACAAAAAGAUGGCUUUAAUCCUAGGGCUAGGGUUCCAACGGAUAAGUUCACAUCCUCACACUCCAAACAAGCUACUCUAGACACAAAAUGGAAGAAAAAAGAGAGGAAUUGAGGUGUGUAUGAAAGUUGGCUGCUGUGUAUUCAACAAUGCUCUUCCAUUUAGCUUGAUGGAUGAUGUUUAUUGCGGUGUUAUGGUGGAUGAGAUCGCCAAUUAUGGGCCAGGUUUCAAGCCUCCUUCUAUGCAUGAGAUGAGGACAAGGAUCCUUAGAGAUGAGGUGAAAGACAUUGAUGACAUGUUAAAAGAGCAUAAAAAUGCUUGGAAAGAAUAUGGAUGCUCUAUUAUGGCCAAUGGUAGGACUGAUGGGAGUUCAAAGGGUCCUCAUUGAUUUUCUUGUAAAUGGUCCUGCUGGCAUGUGGUUUUUAAAAUACAUUGAUUCUUCUGAUUCUAUAAAAAAUGAUGACUUGAUAUUUACGGAUGUGGUAGUUGAAGAAGUUGGUGAGAGGAAUGUCGUGCAGGUGAUAACAGGGUGCAAAGAACAUGAUAAAUGGUGGAAAGAAGCUUAUGGGAAAAGAGGAAAAAAUUGUAUUGGACUCCAUGUGCUUCAUGUUGUUUGGAUCUUAUGUUGGAAGAUAUUGCAAAUUAGAGAUCCAUCCAACCACAAUUCUACAGGCUAAGCAAGUUGUGAAAUUUAUUUUAUAACCACUUUUAUGUACUUGCAAUGAUGAGGAAGCAUUUCACCAAACAACAAAGAACUCAUCUGUCCAGCAGCGACAUACUUUGCUACUACCUUUUGGACACUCCAAAGCCUUUACAAACAAAAGCAAGGCCUUCAAUCUAUGUUUUCUUUGGAGAUGUGUUGCAACUUGCAAGUCUACAUGUGCAAAGAUGCAUGAAGGUAUAAGGGCUUACUCAAUUGUUUUGUUUAACCAACAUUUUUGGUCUCACGUGGCUUAUGUUAUCAAGAGUGUUGUCCCUUUUGUUUGUGUCCUAAGGGAAGUUGAUUCUAAGGGAAAGACCUGCCAUGGGGGUUAUUUAUGACUUGAUGGAUUUAGCGAAGGAGAAAAUUGCUGCCAAUUUUUCUAGAUAUGCUAAGAAGUAUGGACCCAUUUCGAGGAAGAUCAAUGUUGAUUGGUGGAAGCGUUGUGGGACAAAACGCCUGAGGUAACAAAGUUUGCUAUUUGCGUUCUUUGUCUUACAUGCAGUGCUAGUGGUUGUGAAAGGAAUUGUGAAUAAGUGAGAAAAGGGAUAGUAGAUUGCAUGGAUAGAAUGUUGGACUAUGAGGAGAGACUAGUUGUAGACAUCCAGUUGGAUUUGUUUGAUAAUGCAAGGGGGGGACUUUGGGAGUCAAGUGGCCAUUAAUUCUAGGAUGUUGAGAAGCCCAGUUGAUUGGUGGAAGCGUUGUGGGACAAAAUGCCUGAGAUUCGUACAAAAAAGAGAACUAUACUAGAGCAUAAAAAAUUGAAUGCUCUAGUUUAUGUGAGAUACAACACCAAACUUAGAGAGAGAGCUAUUAGAAGAAGACAAAAUUAUGAUCCAAUAUUGGUGGAAGAAGUAGAUUCAGAUGAUGAGUGGAUCACUGAGAAAGAAGAAUCUGUCCUUCUAAAAGACACUUCUUGGCUUGAUGAUGAAAAUCUCUUUGAAGUUGAUGCUGUUAGAGUUUUGCCAGUGGUAGCUAAUGAAGGAGAUGAUCAAGAAACUCAAGCUUUUGCUUGCCCUCAUUCCUUAAUUCCUUGCAAAAGGAAGAGUAAUGGUUCUAGUGAAUACUCGGGAACCCAAGACAAAGGCAAGAGGCCAAAAUUGGCCUUAAUUGAGGAAGCUGAUGAUGUUGAAGUGGGAGAAGGGGAAUUUUUAAGUGGAAGGAUUACUAGUAUAGAAGAGUUUGAUGAAGAUGAUGACUAUGAUGAAGAAGACUUUGAUAGUUCCUUUUGAACUUUGUUAAUUUAGUUUUUGAUUCUUAGAAUCUUGGAUGGCUGGUUUGAUUUAGUAAAGAAUGCAACAAUAGGAAAACUUGAUCUCUUUGUCGCAUGAGAGCUCCACCAUAUUUCUGUUGCAUGUGAGAUAAUUCCAUAUUAUUGGACACAUAAAAGCUGUUAAACAGCUGUCCAGUGCUGGCUGGUGCUCAUUUUACCCAGAGAUCAAGUAUCUUCUAGUGAGAGUUACUCCCAUGUUUUAUUAGUUCUUCUCCCUCUUCUAUUUUGAAUUGCAAUUUUUAGAUGUGCACUAUGUAGAGAGAGAGACAGAAAUGGAACAGCUACAGCUAGAUUGCAAAGGAGGAGCAGAAGCAAUACUAAAUAUUAAACCCAACUCUUCCAUCUCCAUUGCAUAUCACCCCCUAUUUGGUUCUCAUGAUGAUCUGAUGCUUCUCGAGCUAGAUGAGAAGCUCCUCCCAGAUGUCCUCCAGCAGAGAGUAACCUUAAGAGGACAACCUGAUGAAGAUGCAGUUCUUUGUACCCAAUCAAAGACAUAUGCCAUCAAAUUUGUGGGAAACUCAAAUUCUGUAUUCCUUUUACCCCCAUCAGAUCAUUUGGCUAUUUGUGAAAAUCCCCCCGAACAUGAUGAGAAAGAUCAUGACCAGCAAGUUGUGGCAUCUGUCCUCAAAGUGGCACCAGGUAACAUGGAGCUUGUUGAGGUUGCUCCCAGGCUCGACAGGCUUAAAUCCCUUCUCUCAGAAAAUCCUUACAGGUCUGAGGAUGUGUUUGAAAUGGAGGAAUUGGAGUUGACAGACAAAAAUAAAAAUGGUUUGUAUAAAUGGGAUGAUCUUACUGAAAGGAUUCAAGCUAGUGAUGAUGAAUUGAGGUCUGGAUUGCAGACUCUUUCAGCUGUUGAGAUUGAUGGUUAUUGGAGAAUUGUGGAUGAAAAAUACAUGGAUUCGAUUUUGAGCAUGUUUUUGCACAACUCGGUGUUGAAUGAUUGGUCUUUUGAUGCCCUUAAUGAAGAUGAAGUGGUGGCUGUGCUGGAAUCAGAUGGGUUCCCUCACAAACUUGCACUCCAUUGUUUGGAAGUUUAUGGCAGUAAGGUGGGUAGCAGUGUUGGCAGAAGUUGUGUAUGGAGGUUGGAUGAGAAGUGCGUAUGUGUCCACUUUGCUAGAGUAAUUUUGAGAGAAGGGAAGAAGAGGAUGGAGAAUUUCAUGGAGGAGUGGAUACGGAAGAUUCCAGAAGGUAUGCAGGCAAGUUUUGACAUGUUGGAAGGUGAAGUUUUGACUGAGAGACUUGGGGUUGAGAUAUGGGUCCAUGCCUUCAGUGUGUCUUCUCUGCCUUCCAACCCUAGGGAGCGUUUCUCUGCACUCUUCCAAGAACGUCCAAAAUGGGAGUGGAGAGAUCUACAGCCUUAUGUCAGGGAUUUAAGAGUUCCGGGCCUUUCAUUGGAAGGUUUGCUUCUCAAACACACCAGAAGAGCGCAGCCAACCCAGGAAUCAGAGCCUAUUUUCAGUGCAAGAUAGUCUCUAUGCUUAUGCAAAUUGGUCUUUGUAACACCACCCAUCUUUAUUGCUCGUCUGUUUCACUAUUAAACCACGGUAGUCACAAAAGGCCGACUCUUGAACAACUAGCAGAUUAGGCAUCUAACUAUGGACUCUUGCAUUUUCCUCUAUUAUAUCUUGUAAUUCAGAAGGAUGGUUGAAGGUGAAAGAGAAGGAAAAAUAGAGAAUGUUGCAAGGAGUGUCUACAUUCAAUCUGUGCAUGCUUCACAGAGACCUUUCUUGAAUCCAUCAGGAAGUUUAUGAACUGUUUAGUUUCAUUUAUAUUUUUAUUUCUGUAUUUACUGCCCUGCUGUGAAGAAAUAGGUGAUGGCGAUGUAUUUAUUUAUGUUUUUUGUUUUUUAUUUGGUCGUUUUCGACCUUUGUACCAAAUGUUGAAAGUUAGAUUUUAUGGUUUUAAGUUUUUAAGA